UACAGAAAGACAGUGGUGCAGUUGAGUUGAGAUUGGCUUCAUUCAAACUGCCAUUUCCCCUCUUCAAAUAUGCUCUCAACUCCAUCAAUUGAUCUCCAUAUUUCCCUCCAUCUUCCAUACCCAAAUCUCAUUCCAACUCAUGUUUUUGAAUCUCUUAAUCUUCAAGAACAUCCAAUUCUUUCCCAUUUUUACGUAUCUGUGUAAUUAAUGUGAUGCAAUUACUGAAACCCUGAUCAGAUCUGCGAAGAUUUUUUGCUGGUUUUGGGGGAUUUGGAGCUUGGAGACCUCAAACAUUCAGCAAUGGUGGCUGAACCUUGGUUACUGCGGAUGGGGAAUCAAAUGAGUUCGAAUCUCAAACACGCUCUCCUCUUGGAAUCGUCUUCAAAACCAUCAGCCAAGAACAAGCAAGAUACCCGCAACAAAACUCCGGAAACAAUCGGAAUCCUAUCGUUUGAGGUCGCGAAUGUGAUGUCGAAAAUCGUUCACCUCCACAAAUCCCUAACGAAUUCCGAGAUCUCUAAAUUAAAAAACGAGAUUCUCAAAUCUGACGGCGUCAAAACCCUAGUUUCCUCCGACGAAACCUACCUUCUAGACCUCGCGCUUUCAGAAAAGCUAGACGAUUUGAGUUUCAUCGCCGGCGUCGUUUCCAGGCUCGGCAAGAAGUGUACAGUCCCGCAGCUCCAAGGGUUUCAGCAUGUUUACGAAGAUAUAAUCAAUGGAGCCAUUGAUGUGGGAGGAUUAGGGUUCCUAGUCAAAGACAUGGACGCAAUGGUGCGAAAAAUGGAGCGAUUCGUGAACUCUACAGCUAGCCUCUACACCGAAAUAGAAGUUUUGAACGAAUUAGAAGCUGCAACGAGCAAAUUCCAGCAGAAUCAGCAUGAAGAAAGCCGAAAAGUUUUACAACAGAAAGUGAUUUGGCAGAAGCAAGAUGUAAAACACCUGCAGAAUGUUUCUCUUUGGAAUCAAACUUACGAUAAAAUCGUCGAGAUGCUAGCAAGAACAGUAUGUACCCUCUAUGCCCGAAUUUCUUUAGUUUUCAUCGAUACAAUUUCACGAAGAGACAUGUUCUCCAAUGCUUCUCUCCCCAUUUCUUCUUCAAAUCUACACUCCUGUAGAAGUUUACCUCAAAAUUCAUCCCAGAUCGAUUCCCGUAGUACAAAAUCUGGUGGCAGUUUUAGUAAUUCAGGAUUUGAGAAAAGGGUAAUUAGUCCCAGACCUCAGAUCAUAUCAAAAAAGGGGGAAAUCUCUCUGUUUAAAGCCGAAGAUUUCAAUUUCGCUUGUGGGUUAGGACCUGGAAGAUUGUUCAUGGAAUGUUUAAACAUAAACAGUUCGAUUUCAAAAUUCGAUGAUUUCGAUGACGAUUCUUUCCAAAAACAUGAUGAUCAAAGCAGUCGGAUUUCAAGAGAGAUCACAAAUCAUUCUUCUUUUCACACCCGAAUCCCAAGAAUCCCAAAAAGCAGCUUUAAAUCUACCCCAAAAAGCAGCGCAACAAAAACCAGACUAACAGUACAAGCUCCUCCAACCACCAUUGGAGGAUCUGCAUUAGCAUUACAUUACGCCAACAUCAUAAUCGUGAUUGAGAAAUUACUACAGUACCCUCAUCUAGUGGGUGAAGAAGCUAGAGAUGAUUUAUACCAAAUGCUCCCAACAAGCAUACGAUUGGGGUUAAAGAUUAGUCUAAAAUCAUAUAUCAAAGAUUUAGCAAUCUAUGAUGCUCCUCUUGCCCAUGAUUGGAAAGAUCGACUCGAUCAGAUUCUUGUUUGGCUUUCACCUUUGGCGCAUAACAUGAUUAGGUGGCAAAAUGAGAGAAAUUUUGAACAACAACAAAUCGUUUCAAGAACAAAUGUGCUUCUUCUUCAAACUUUGUAUUUUGCUGAUAGAACGAAAACUGAAAGAGCCAUUUGUGAGCUUCUUGUGGGGUUGAAUUAUAUAUGUCGAUAUGAACAUCAACAGAAUGCGUUGUUGGAUUGUGCAAGCAGUUUUGACUUCAAUGAAUGUAUGGAAUGGCAAUCUCAAUAUUCAUGAUGGUGAGUUUUGAGUUUUUUUUUUUUUUUUUUUUUAUUAGAUGAUGAUGAUAUGUGAAUAUGUGAUUUUUUUUUUUUAGAGAUUUAUUUUAUAAUCAUUGUAUGGAUGAGUUGUGUUAUGUACUUUGUUCCAAGUUUUGAAAGUACAAAAUUCAACUUGAAAAACAAUCGAGCUUCUUCAAAUCUACAAUGUAUUUUGGUGUU